CGCUCAACCCGCCUUUCUCUCCUUCACGGCUUCACGCUCAACCCACACAACCGACCUUCUUCUUCUUCUCGCUCAACUCCAGAGUCUCCUUCUCUUCUCUCUCUCUCUGAUUAUCACACACACUAUCUCUCAGGUACUCUCGUCUCUCUCCGGAUUCGGCUUCUGGUUUUCCCUUCGCCGUCGCCGUUGGGUUAUCGCAUCUCAGGGUAUCUAGCAUGAAGAGAAAGUGAAGGAAUAACUAGUCUGAAUUCAAGGCAUUAUGAAUAUGUUGAACUUAAGGAGAGCUUGAGGGAUAAGAAAAGAAAGACAGAUGUGGGUGCGCUGUGGAAAACCUCUUUGGCACUUAGAAGCGUUGAGACAAUCCUCUAAAUCUCCAUGGACCUUUUCAUUGGUUUCUCUCUACUCGGGUACUCACAGGAAAUCCAAGCUUGCCCCUUUACAGGAGAGGAAAAUGAUGGACAGGUUUAAGCUAUAUGCUAAAGGAGGUGAUGGCGGCAAUGGUUGUUCCAGUUUUCGCCGCGGUCGGCAUGAUCGCUGUGGCAGACCCGAUGGUGGUAAUGGUGGAAGAGGUGGUGAUGUUAUUUUGGAAUGUUCCCCCACAGUUUGGGACUUCAGCGGUUUGCAACAUCAUGUUGCUGCAAACAAGGGGGGACCAGGAACCUCAAAGAAUAUGAUAGGAACCAGAGGCGAAAAUAAGGUUGUCUAUGUUCCUGUUGGCACUGUGUUACAUCUUAUAGAGGGUGAAAUCCCUACCAUUAUUGAAAACUUUUCUUCAACAGAUCUGGAUCCAUGGGAGAUUCCUGGUACACUUGUCGAUGAUAUAUCUAAAUCUAAUCAGGGAUCUGUUUAUAAUGACCCAAAUGUUGUAGCUGAAGUUGAAUCAGUUCUAAGAACUGAUUACUCAUUAGCUCAAACUGAAGGACCUAUGGAGAUGUCGAUAAGCAUGAAGCAGACGACUCAAGUUGCAUCAACUGAUGCUCUUUCUCAAUUUUCUUUAUCAUAUAAUACAUCCAAAAUUUGCACAAAAGAAGAGACAGCUGACAAAGAAGAGAUAGAGGAAACAGAACAAAUGAAAUACAAUGUUGCAGAAUUAACAGAACAAGGUCAACAAAUUAUAGUUGCUCGAGGAGGGGAGGGCGGUUUGGGUAAUGUUUCUGCUGGAAAAUUUCCAAAGAAGCCCAAGUCUAUGAGUCCUGGGGUCGAUAAGGAUAAUACCUUUGAUGUCGAAGUGUCUGAUGGUGAUCAGUCCUCUCUUAGUAAGGGUUUUCCUGGUUCUGAAUCUGUUCUUAUGUUGGAACUCAAGAGUAUUGCUGAUGUGAGCCUUGUGGGGAUGCCUAAUGCUGGUAAAAGUACACUACUGGGUGCUAUAUCAAGGGCUAAGCCCACUGUAGGGCACUAUGCCUUCACAACUCUUAGGCCGAAUUUAGGGAAUCUGAACUAUGAUGACUUAUCAAUCACGGUGGCUGAUGUUCCCGGACUCAUAAAGGGUGCCCAUGAAAAUCGUGGACUCGGGCAUGCAUUCCUGCGCCACAUCGAACGCACAAAGGUUCUGGCCUACGUGGUAGACCUAGCUGCUGCAUUAGAUGGUAGAAAGGGUAUUCCACCAUGGGAACAGCUGAAAGAUCUUAUUUUGGAGCUUGAGUACCAUCAAGAGGGUUUAUCUGAUCGGCCAUCCUUAAUAGUGGCAAAUAAAAUUGAUGAGAAUGGGACUGAAGAAGUGUAUGAAGAACUAAAAAGAAGGGUGCCAGGUGUUCCUAUGUUUCCUGUCUGUGCUGUUUUGGAGGAGGGAAUACCAGAGUUGAAAACUGGUCUCAAAGGACUUGUGAAUGGUGAAAUUUCCACCAGACUCAGUUUAGAUGGAAUAUUGCUUGAUUAGGUGGUUAAUAAUGUCGGGAAUCUCUCUUGGGUUGAGCAUCAGUUUGAAUUGUGUCAGAAGACUCAACCAAUGUUGUUUUUAAUGCUUGGGGUGCAGGGUCUACAGUUCUCUGUGACUCUUCAGGCUGUUUUCCCGGUUGAGGAAAUGAUGGAAUCAUCAGAAGCUUUCUUUAUCAAUUUACACCCGAAUAGCAGGUUUAUAUUUC